UACAACAAUCUGAUCCUGGCCACACCUGCCCAGUGAUCAUUGCAGUCACCUGAGAGUGGCAGGGGCGGCAUCCAACCUCAGUAUCGCUUGACCAUAAAGCCCAUGUUAUCCAGGCGUAAACUAGACAAAGUACCUUUUAAGGCAACGGUUUGCAGGAGUACUAAUCUAAUCUCCCAUCAAAAGGACAGACUUACCAGUGUGAAGAACAAUGACCAAAACAAUAUCAGCUAAAUAGCGAGCAGCAGCGCUACUGGUCAAGUGGUCGAUGCUGUAGCCUAGAAAAAAAGCCAGCAGACUCAAUAGGAGAACAAAUAUGCUGGACUGCUGUAGCCGAAGAUGGACACUGCUGGCUGGCUCCCUUGCCUGUCUCACCCUUUUUGGCAGUUUGCUUAUCCAGUGGCCUUCACUGUUGAAAAUGACCCCAAAAUCUGAAACUGAAGUCAUGAGCAUUAAUGCCACAAAUACAACUGUUUUAGUGUGGUACUGGCCUUUUGGACAUAAAUUUAGUAUGGAUGGCAAUGUCUGUUGGGAAAGGUUUGGCAUACCAAACUGCAAAUUGGUGGACGAUCAGUCCAUGUUCUCUCAAGCAGAUUUUGUUGUUUUCCACAACCGUGAGCUGAUGAUUGGCCAACAAGCACUGCCUGUGCACCUGACCCGACCACAGACGCAGAAGUGGGUAUGGUUCUCACUAGAAAGUCCAGCACAUAAUGGGAAUGUGGAGCUCUUUAAUGGGCAAUUUAAUUGUACCAUGUCUUACCGUCGCGAUGCAGAUAUUUAUACACCAUAUGGCAGUUUGGUACCCCAGGACUUUGGAUCUGGAAUAACAGUUGAGGAUUUCAUACCAAAGAAGAAGACAUCUUUGGCUUGUUGGGUUGUGAGCAAUUUUGCAGCCCACCAUAAAAGAACGGCUAUUUACAACCAAUUGAAAAGAAUUAUACCAGUGACUGUGUAUGGUGGAGGAGUGAAUAAGCACCUUGAUCGUAAGGCUCUGUUACCCACAAUCUCUCACUGCUACUUCUACCUGGCUUUUGAGAACUCCAUCUUCAAAGACUACAUCACAGAGAAGUUGUGGUACAAUGGCCUCAUGGGUGGAGCUGUGCCUGUGGUUUUAGGUCCCCCGCGGGAACAGUAUGAGCUGGUGGCACCAAAAGACUCCUUCAUCCAUGUGGACGACUUCCCUUCAUUAAAGGAGCUAGGAAAGUUCCUCAAGAAGCUGGCAAAGGAUAAGGAACGCUAUGCCUCAUUCUUCAACUGGAAACUGAAGUACAGGUCUACAGCAAACCAAUAUGUCGAUUGGAGGGAAAGAUUUUGUAAAAUUUGUCCCAAAGCCAGCAGCUUACAGAAGCAUAAGGUCUAUAAGGACUUAUAUUCUUGGGAAUAUCAAUAAAUCAGAGGAAUCCAAACCCCAAUAAAAAGUCACCAACUGUGA